AUGUCCACAUCAAUACCUUCUUCCAUGCGAGCUUUAGUCCUUCCGAGAUACUGCAAGCCUUCUGAAUACGAUGUUGCGACUAUCCCCACGCCACAAAUCUCUCAGCCCGAUGAGUUGUUGGUUAAAGUCCUCGCAGCUUCCGUAAACCCCAUCGACGUCAAGAUGGCAGCGGGUAUGGGAAAGUUCAUGGAGACAGCACCAUUCCCUUACAAACUCGGUCACGAUCUCGCUGGCAUCGUAGUCGCCAUCGGCAGCUCCGUGUCAACUUUCAAAGUAGGAGACGAGGUGUAUGCCGAUUCAAGCAUCCGCGGCACCAUCGCCGAAUACGCCCUCAGCACCACCUCCACCACAGCCCACAAGCCCACCUCGCUCUCCUUCAGCGCCGCAGCAGCCAUCCCCCUCGCAGCCCAAUCUGCGCUCCAGAGUCUGCAGCGCGGCGAUGACAAGAUCGGGCUUGCGGGGAAGACGGUGUUCGUCGGCGGGGCCCUGAGCGCCACGGGAUCGUUCGGCGUGCAGCUUGCGAAAAAUGUGUUUGGGGCUAGUAAGGUCAUUACUACGGUGUCGACGGCGAAGAUGGGAAGGAUUAGGGAGAUCUUGGGGGAUGGGGAGCCGGAUGUGGUGGUUGAUUAUAAGGGCGGCGCAGAGUAUGUGGUGGAGAGGGUGGGCAAGGGCGUGGUGGAUUUCAUGUAUGACAAUACGGGCAUGACGCUGGCGGGGCUGGGGAUGAUGAAAAAGGGGGGUGUAAUUGUGUCUGUUACCACGGUGCCGUCGGGUGCCAUGACGAAGAAAGCCAGGCCCGAGGUGGGGGGCUGGCUGGUGCUUCUCCUGGAUCUUGUGGACUGGUUUUAUAGAACCUGGACGAGGAGGGCUGGCGUGGAUUAUAGCGCUCUACUUACGAAUCCGGCGGGGUCGGACUUGGAGAAGCUGGCUCGUUGGGUGGACAAGGGGAAGAUCAAGCCGAUUGUAGGGAGGCAGGUGAUGCUUUCCGAUGUUGAGGGGGUGAGACAGGGCUGCCAGGAGGUCUUGGAUGGGAAGGGAGGGAUUGGGAAAUUUGUUAUCAAUAUAGAUUGA